AUGCUUUUGAGCCUACUCAUUGUUAGACUGUUGACUUCUGUGAAAGCAGAUGAAAUAAAAAUUGAACAUCGGGCUGGAUGUCCAGAUUCGAGUAUGUGUAUGUCACAAUGUGGAUACUGUGGAACUGGAGAUGCUUUUUGUGGAGUUGGAUGUCAGAGUGGUCCGUGCCAUGGAGGUUCAGGAUCAGGUGGAGGUGAUUCGAACACAUACCACGUAGAAGGAACAUACCUUGAUGUUAUACACUCUUCACUACGAACUCUCUCCUCUACAGUCCUUAUCAUAUAUACAGUUGCUCGGGGUUACACAGCUUGUGGAACACUUCGUUCACGUUUUGACAUGGCUGCAGCGUUGAAUAUUCCUCAGUUUGAUCCACACACACCAAAUGGAAAUCCGAAUAAGAACAGUCUUUGUGAUAGACGAAUGCGUGUUCAAGGAUCAUCUGGAAGUGUUGAUGUUGUCAUCGUUGAUCAGCGCCCUGUUUGUAAAACGUGUAUAAAUACGUUGUAUUUCGUGUUGUACAAAUAUUGUAUUGAAUACACGAUGUCACCGACUCUGCAACAACAAAUGUCUGUAGAAACUCCAGAAAUUGAUGAAAGUCUUUUUUCUCGGCAACUUUAUGUGUUGGGAAAAGAAGCAAUGCAUCAAUUAGCUCGUGCUCAUGUUCUCAUCUCCGGCAUGACCGGUCUUGGCGUCGAGAUAGCUAAGAACAUUGUUUUGGGUGGUGUAAAGUCAGUUAUUGUUCAUGACUGUGGAAAGGUGGAUUAUUCCGAUCUUUCAUCGCAAUACUACUUUAACGAAGAUAAUAUUGGUCAGAACCGAGCUGAGAUUGCUUUAGAAAAACUUUCGGAAUUGAAUAGUUACGUGACAGUAACAUGCUCGAUGGAAACAAUUGAUGGAGCUUUUUUAGCAAAGAAUAAAAUUAAUGUACUUGUGUUGACUAAUGCAAGCCUCGACGAUCAAAUUAAAGUUGGAGAUUACUGUCAUCAAGCCGGAAUUAAAUUCAUUAUCGCUAAUACUAAUGGUUUGUUUGGACAAAUCUUUUGUGAUUUCGGCGAAAAAUUUCAAGUACUUGAUACGAAUGGAGAAAAUCCCACAACACAUGUUGUUACACACAUAACUCAUGACGAAUACGGUGUUGUGUUUCUAGGAACUGACGCACGACAUGGGUUCGAGGAAGGUACAUAUGUCACUUUUCAAGGCGUCAAAGGAAUGAGUGAAAUUAACAAUAAGGAAUUCAAGAUCACUGUUCCAAGUCCAUACACAUUUGGUAUUGGCGACACGAGACAGUUCGGAAAUUAUGAAGGUGGCGGAACAGUUACUGAGGUGAAAAAACCAGAAAUCAUCAAAUUUAAAUCAUUCUCUCAAUCAUUAUCUGAACCAGAAAUGCUGAUAAGCGACUUUGCUAAAAUGUCAAUGCCUUCCAAUCUUCAUCUUGCAUAUCAAGCUCUUUCUCUCUUUCAACAACGUCAGGGUGCUGCACCACGGCCAUGGGAUGAAGCUGAUGCAAAUAAAUUUUUGGAAAUAGUCGAAGAACUCAACACGAAAGACCGAGAAAAACCAUUCACAGAUGAAUUGAACAAACACUGGAUUAAAUUAUUCUCAAAGAUUUGUACUGGUGACGUAUGUCCCAUGCAAGCAGUCAUCGGUGGAAUUUCUGCACAAGAAGCGAUGAAGGCUGUCACGGGAAAAUUCAUGCCGAUUCGACAAUUCUUUUAUUUUGAUGCCAUCGAAUGUUUACCUGAAAAGCUUCAUCAAGGAUGUGAUGACGAUUAUAAACCAAGUUUGCCUACGAAUAAAUCACGUUACUAUUCGCAAGAAAUCGUAUUCGGCGAAGAUUUUCAACAAAAGAUUUGUCAAUCAAAAUACUUUGUCGUUGGUUCAGGCGCCAUCGGUUGUGAAAUGUUGAAAAACUUUGUCAUGAUGGGCAUUGGAUGUUCGAAAGAAGGUGCUAUUUACGUAACUGAUAUGGAUUCGAUUGAAAAAUCCAAUUUGAAUCGACAAUUUCUUUUUCGUCCAUGGAAUAUUGGUCAAAUGAAAUCGAAGGUGGCUGCAGAAGCAGUGAAACAAAUGAAUCCGUCGGUAAAUAUCACGGCGUUCGUUGAAGGUGUUCUUGCUGAAACUGAACAUAUUUAUGACGAUGACUUCUUCGAAGGACUUACUGGUGUUGUCAAUGCUCUUGAUAACGUCAAAGCGCGUGAAUAUAUCGAUCAACGUUGUGUAUUUUACAAAAAACCAUUAAUCGACAGUGGUACACUAGGUACAAAAGCAAGUGUCCAAGUUGUUGUACCAGACCUAACUGAAUCGUAUUCGUCUACUCGUGAUCCACCUGAUGCAUCAAUUCCCAUGUGUUUAUUACAUAAUUUCCCCAAUCUCAUUGAGCAUACCAUCCAAUGGGCACGAGAUAACUUUGCUGGUUUGUUUACUAAUCCUGCACAGCAAACAGAAGAAUUUUUAAAGAAUCCCAAAGAGUUUGCUGAACGCACCGCUAAGAGUCUGUCGGACUAUGAUCGAAAUGAAAUUAUUCAAAAUGUUAAACUUACACUGGGUCCAGAACGACCUCAAAACUUCAAAGAUUGUAUCAAAUGGUCUCGAAAUCUUUUUCAAGAACAAUUCCAUAACACAAUCGCACAAUUACUACACAAUUUUCCUCAUGAUCAAAUUACAGCCAAGGGUGAACGUUUUUGGAGUGGAAAUAAACGAUGCCCGCAUGUCCUAGAAUUCGAUGUUAACAAUCCCACUCAUUUAGACUUCAUUGUUGCAGCAUCGAAUCUUCUUGCUCAUAUUCACCAUAUUCCACAAACUCGAGAUCGCGAUUUGAUUGCUCGAGAAGUUGCCCAAGUCCAAGUAGCUAAAUUUCAACCUAAAGCAGGCGUAACUAUUCAUGAUGAUGACGAACAAAUGGCAGCGGAUAUGGAACGUCAACGACGACGAAAUUCGAUUACGAACACGGCUGAUCCCGCCGACAUUCUCAAGCGUCUACCAGAUUUCGAUUCAGUUCGAAAUAUUCAAGUCCAAGCGCAUGAAUUCGAAAAAGACGAUGAUAGCAAUUUCCAUAUAGAUUAUAUCACUGCUACAGCUAAUUUACGAGCAGAAAACUACGAAAUUCAACCAGCUGAUCGUAGCAAGAUCAAACGAAUUGCAGGCAAUAUCAUUCCAGCUAUUGCCACAACAACAGCCAUGGUCACUGGUCUCGUUUGUCUUGAAGUUUACAAGUUUUUACAGAACCAUCAAAAGAUUGAAGUAUACAAAAAUGCGUUUGUAAACUUAGCGUUACCAUUCUGGAGCUUCACAGAACCAGCACCACCUCAACAGAAAAAAUACCUUGAUACACCUUUCACACUGUGGGAUCGUUUCGAAGUUCAAGGCGACAUAACUUUAGAACAAUUUCUUGAACAUAUCAAGACAACAUAUAAUUUGACACCAACAAUGCUUUCGUCUGGAUUAUGUCUUCUGUACAAUACAUAUAUGAUGCGACAGCCUGGAAAAGCAGGAGAUUUGAAACGAAAAAUUUCGGAAAUCUAUGAAACACUAACAAAACGCAAAAUUCCACCUCAUGUGCGUUCAUUGGUGCUCGAUAUAUCAUGCGACGAUUCUGAUGGAAAUGACAUUGAUGUUCCUUAUGUUAAAUACAAAUUACAAUAG